UUAAAUAGUGUAUUUUUUGAGAAGGUUCAAUUACUAGGUUGCUGCGGGUUAUAAAGUAGUGCCAUUUUGUGUUUUUAAUUCGUGGUUUCUUCUAAUCUAUGUUGGUACUCUGCACUGAAUAUAAUCUUUUGCAGAUUGGUAAUACGUGUGAUAUAUUUUGAUUAUGAUUAUAUGGUUAGUGUCACUUCUUGCUGUUGUAGGUUACUGUGUGAACAUUAUUUGUAUUAAUCAUUAACAUCAGUUAAUGACUGUUUCUGAGGAGAUUUUUCUGUUCAGUAAUCCGGUAUGUCGUGUCUAGGUUGUUCCAGCAAAUUUACGUUUUUCAAUAAAGAUGUUGGUUGCCCAAACUGUGGCUUCUCAUAUUGCAGUAAAUGCCUGAAACUGCAAAUAGCUGUUCCCAAGUUUGGGAAUUCAGUAUGUAAAGUGUGUAAAUCCUGCUAUGGAACACUUAUUGAAGGGAAUGAAAAUCCAAAAUCAUUCAAAGGGGAAUAUUGCCCUCCAGAAUCUUUUCUCAGGAGAUUGGAGUCCCUCGAGAACCCUUCACGCCCACCCAUAACCUUAUAUCGUAAAGAUCAGCAUAUGCAGAAAUUGAAAUUGGGCCUAAGUGAGGUGGACUGUAAGAUUGCAGAGCGUUUGGAGAAGCUGAGAGAGGACAGGAAACAGCAACCUGUUCCCACAGAAGAAGAGGUGGCAAGGAGAUUGGCAAAACUGAAGGGAGAAGACCCAGCUACGGUGGCAUCACUGCACGGAAAUAGAAUGAGCUAUAUUCCUCCUGAUACACGAACAAGUCAAGAAAAGGCAGAUAGUCUUGUUAAGCAGUUUUCUGAAGAAUAUGAACUUGACUCAAGACAGCCAGAUGCAGUAGAUGAAAUUUCUCAACGCCUCGCCAGAUUGCGAGGUCAAGAUACAUCAAGCGGUCAGACCUCUGCAGGUGAUAAACAGAGUGGGAGCGAGGUGGUUGACACUGAAGAAAGUCAGGAUUUCAUGGAGGCAGAUGAUGUGAAUGCCUUCCUUGUUCAGAUGCAAAAGGAGAUGAAAGGUCACGAAAUGAAGAAGUUGGACAAAGACACUCAACACUGCUUGAAAGCCAUAAAAACUAAAUUAUCAGCUCAGACACCAACUGAAGAGGCUGAAAACUUAGAUGAGGAAGUAGAGGAAACAAUACAGAAGGCUCUUCAUGAAGUGGCUUUAGAAGAAGAACUAGAGGAUGAUUCUGAAGGAAUUGAGGAAGAGGAAGAGCUAGUAUGGUGCGUCAUUUGUGACAAAAAUCCAAAGAUCAGAUGCUUAGACUGUGAUGGUGAUGUUUACUGCAAGAGCUGCUACACCAAAGUACAUAACGAGUGGCAUCAGGAUCACAGGAAUGUGCCUUUCACACCCAAAAAGUGAAAUUCUAAAUUGAAAGUUGUAUUAUCCUAAUUAUAUGUUUGAUGCAUAUUAUUAUAUAUUUCAGUGAUAAAAUAUUAAAAUUAAUUAGACUGAUUUGUGGGGGACCUUUUUAACCUCAAGAAUGUUCUUGACUUCUCAAUGUACUUGAUUCCCAGCAUCUCAGCUUUACCUGAAAUUAUUACUAUAAAUAAUUUUUCAAACAUACUGUCGUUACAUUGCUUUGAAUAUCUCCAAGUUAUUCAAAAUGAGACCCUUGUUUUCGGCAGCAAAAGUCCGUAUACAGAAAGCUCAUUUGAAAAGAUAAUAUUAUGAUGCAAAAUCCAUUUGUCGAGUAUUUUUCAAUACUGCACGGCCUGGGGACUAUUCUUGGUUUUUCUAGUUUGGAGGAACCAAUUAGUAAUUUAAAAUGCAGAUCAUCACAGUUUUGAUUUUGACGUUUGCAUGCUUUUCAGUCUUGGAGAGUCUAGUUGUUUGCGAGACUGGGUCGUGCUUGGAAGAUAAUUUGACCAUUGAAGGUUGUGAGCAAGUUUCUUUUCUAAUUUGCUUUUGUGGGCUAACGAAACAGUGUUCAACCACAAGACAAACUCAGUCUUAGCAACUCUAUAGAGAAAGAUAUUGAAUUAUGUAAUCACAUAAUUCUGUACAUACCAAGUCAUUAUCAGACUUCGUAUUUUCCUCUUUAUAAGUAAGAUAUACCAUAUGAAAGUACAUAUAUAUAUAUAUAUAGGCCUCUGUAUCAUAAAAAUAGUUCGUACUAAAAGUGCAGUGUUUUGAAGUAAUACAGUACAAAUCAGAUGUUAAUAAAAUACUAAAGUCUGUGUUACCUAUUUAUUUCAACUGUAAAAUAUUUCACCAAAAAUUUUGUGGCUACGUAUGUUGUAUUUCUUGUCUUAUGGUCAAGGGCAUAAGUGGUGUGGGGGAGAUUCAGCAGCACUCGGCCCCUGUUCGGACUUCAGACGACCCAAAUGUAACUGUGAGCAUUAUUCAUUUUGUGAACAUAUUAUCUAUAUGACAUGAACACUAACUAGAACUGUAUUAAUAGAGACAUUAGGAGGAA